AUGGAUACGACAAUCAAGGCCCUCGUGCUCCUCGGUGCCGCCGCUUGCGUCUCCUCGGAGAACCGCUACGGUGCCCAAGCAGCUGCCGGAGGAGCCUUUGGUGGCCCUGUGUUCACUGGAGGUGCAGGAGCAGGAGGCGGUGCUGGAGGCCUUUCACUCCCCCCUCAGCCAUACAGCUUCGGCUAUGACAGCACGGACGAGUUUGGCACCCAGCUCUUCCACAAGGAACAAGGCGACGCCAGCAAUGCUAAGACCGGUUCGUACGGCUACCGAGACGCCAACGGCCUUUACCGAACCGUGACGUACGUGGCUGACGCGAAUGGCUUCCGUGCUACCGUGGACACUAACGAGCCCGGCACCGCGCCUGGAGCCAGCGCCGAUGCUGUGUUCAACGCUAAACCUGUCGCCGCGCCUGCAACAGCACCUGGAGCAGGGAAAGUGACACCCGGCCGCUACGUCGGAGCCAGACCUGGUGGCGCAUAUGGCACCGCUGGUGCCGCUGGUGCCGCUGGGGGACCUUGGGCCGGCUAG